GUACUAAGUCUGAGCAUCGCUUAGUCGCCAGAAUCCCCAUUUUCUUUUAAGUAUCGGGCUCGACGACAAUGCUGCGAGUAAGGUGUCUGAGAGGAGGUAGCAGGGGGGCUGAGGCAGCUCAUCUUAUUGGAACUAUGGUCGGCCGAGCUGUCACUGGGUGGGUGCAGCGAGCAUUCCGGAGCACCGCUAGCUCAGCCGCGGCGGUUCAGCCCGCAGCCGCCGAGGAGGACACCGUGUCCGAUUCCGACCGUCUCGAGUGUCCCGUCUGCGCCUACAACGAAUGGGACCCGCUGGAGGAAGUCAUAGUUGGAAGAGCCGAGAAUGCUCGCGUGCCUCCAUUCACUGUGGAGGUCAAGGCUAAUACAUAUGAGAAGUACUGGCCCUUCUACCAAAAAUAUGGGGGGCAGACAUUUCCUGAGGAACACUUAAAGAAGGCUGUGGCCGAGAUUGAGGAAAUGUGCAAUAUUUUGCGCCUGGAGGGGGUCACCGUGAGGAGACCAGAACCCAUCGAUUGGUCUUUUCAGUACACAACCCCCGAUUUCACAUCUACAGGCAUGUACGCUGCAAUGCCCCGUGACAUUCUUCUGGUCGUGGGGAAUGAGAUCAUCGAAGCCCCGAUGGCAUGGAGGUCUCGCUUCUUCGAGUACAGGGCCUACCGCCCCCUCAUGAAGGAAUAUUUUCAAAAAGGUGCUAAGUGGACCACGGCCCCAAAACCAACCAUGGCUGAUGAACUCUAUGACCAGGAUUACCCCAUCCGAACUGUGGAGGACAGACACAAACUCGCUGCUCAGGGAAAGUUUGUCACCACGGAACAUGAGCCCUGUUUCGACGCCGCCGACUUCAUCCGGGCCGGGCGGGACAUUUUCGUCCAGAGGAGUCAGGUGACAAACUUCAUGGGGAUAGAGUGGAUGCAGAGACAUCUGGCUCCCACCUACAAGGUGCAUAUCAUCUCUUUCACGGACCCCAACCCCAUGCAUAUCGAUGCCACUUUUAACAUCAUCGGGCCAGGCCUGGUACUGUCCAACCCGGAUAGGCCCUGCCACCAGAUAAAAAUGUUUGAGAAGGCUGGUUGGAAUGUGGUGAAACCUCCGACACCUUUGAUUCCUGAUGAUCAUCCCCUGUGGAUGUCCUCGAAAUGGCUGUCAAUGAACGUCUUGAUGUUGGAUGAAAAGCGUGUAAUGGUUGACGCCAAUGAGACGUCCAUUCAGAAGAUGUUUGAGCGUCUUGGCAUCGCACCCAUCAAGGUGAACAUUCGCCAUGCUAAUUCUCUGGGAGGAGGCUUCCAUUGCUGGACCGCUGACGUGCGUCGCAGAGGCACCUUGCAGUCCUACUUCAGCUACUAGUCCUGCCCGGAAAAGCUUUCGCUGAUCUUUUGCGUGUCUACGUGCCGGAAAACAGCGAGCUACAAUUUUUAUCUUUGCAUGAUUUAUCAGUGCUGUAAGCAUUCGCGCAAAAAAAGCUGCCCUUAUCUUCCUCGAAUCUCAGUUCAGUUCAGUUCAUAACAACUAAUAGUGCAAAAUGCAUCUUAUCUGAUCAGCUGCUAUUAAACACAUUAAUAAUUUACCCCUUGUUCAUCAGCCAGACAACUGAUAAGUAGGCAGGGUGUUUUGAUAAACUAGGAGGAUGGAUUCAGACAUUCUAACACACCUCCCACUGAACGUCACGUUUUCAAGACAGUCCCAACAACCGAUCUUCAUCAUUUUCUUAAAGUUCUGUAAAUGUUUAAAAAUGACCAGAUGUGUUAGUCUUAAUUGUAGGUCAUGAUAUAAAAUUGACUUGUUUACUCAGGUAUUUUAUAAAAUGUGUAUUUAUUUUGUUUGUUUGUUUUUUCAUUGAUAUUGGGUUAUGUAUUAUUUUGUCUCCCACAAAUGAAUAUGUUAUCAUUUUCCUUCAGAUCAAUAAUUAUAGGGUCCAUUUAUAUUAUUUCAAGUCUGCAGCAUAUACCUAUUGUUUGGGUCACAUCUACAACACCGAGUCUUUGGCUCGUCUGGACUGCUGUUCUGCUUUCAUAAUAUUUGCAUGAAAAGAACAUUUAAUAAAACUAUCAGUUGACAUGAGUUCUCAUGGACAUACAAUAAAGGAUAUACGGUAUGUGUCUUUGCUGAGAAUCCAUAUUGCUCGUCUGAAAUUGUAGUCCUACAAUUCAUAUAUAGAUUAAAUAGGAGCCUAGCCGAUCUGUUUUAUGUGAAAACCGAUUGUAAACAGAAUAUUUGUUUUGUUUUUGCUGCUAAACUUUGCAUGCAAAUCUGUCCUUGAAAUUAAAAUAAAGAUGCAUUACAAUA